ACAUCUCGUUAUACUAGCCAUCUUCACUGUUUAUUCAAUCACACCCACCUCAAGCUCAUCUCAGAUUCAAGGAAAGAAGAAACCAAAGAUGUCUGGUAUUGCUAGUACUGAUGCUAAAUCUACUGAACCUAUCGUAUCACUUAAUCCUCCUAAAGAUGAUCCAUUCACUUUACAAGAAUUGUCUCAAUAUGAUGGUACCGAUCCUUCGAAGCCGAUCUACGUAGCUAUCAAAGGGAUUGUUUUUGACGUUUCUAGUAAAGCUGAGAUGUACGGACCAUCUGGUAGCUAUCGGAUCUUUGCUGGUAAAGACGGUAGUAAAGGCUUAGGUCUCAGCAGUCUCAAAGCUGAAGAUGCUAUUGCCGAUUACUCAUCACUUGGUCCAUCUGAAAUGAAAGUAUUAGAUGAUUGGGUUACUUUUUUCAAAAAACGUUACAAUAUUGUUGGUCGAGUAACUCAAACAUCAAACCUAUAAUACUAUCAUCGUACCUCAAAACAAUUUAUUUCGCUAUUUUCAAACAAACAGCUUUGUAUUCAAUUACUCAACCACGAUCUCCAGAAUGUAUAUCCUAACUUUCUUUCAUCUACGAAUUAUCCUUUGUUAUCCUGAAAUGAUUAGAUAGCAAAGUGAACAAGAUGUU